AUGUUGAAGAAUGUAGAAACUAAGUCCAACACCUCGGUCAUCAUUGCUUUUGCUUUCGCAAAACUUUUCUCUGACGAUGAACCUAUAGAAUUCUCCGUACCGGUACCUGUUGAGGCUAAACCUGGAUGGGUCGGUGGAAAAAUACUGGAAAAACCUAAUAUAAAGGAUCCACAAAAGCCGGGUUAUAUUACGUGUUAUGAUCCAGCAACAGGCAAGCUAUUAGCCAAUAUACGUGCUCAUACUGAACAAGAUGUAAUUGAAGCUCUAAAAAAAGCUCGUAAUGCCCAAAAGAAAUGGGCACAAACCACAUUUAAGGAACGAAAAAAAGUGUUAAAAAGUUUGCUAAAUUUUGUUGUUAAAAACCAAGAAGAAAUUUGUUGGGCUAGUAGUCGGGAUACUGGAAAGUCAUUGGUUGACGCGAAAUUUGGAGAAAUACUGGUCACGUGUGAAAGAAUCAAAUGGACCAUUAAGAAAGGUGAAAAAGCAUUAUCUCCACAAUUCCAUGAACCUAGCGCGUUAUUAUUUUAUAAAAUUGCAAAGAUUGAGUUUGAGCCGCUCGGAGUCGUUGCUGCCAUAGUUUCAUGGAACUAUCCUGCAUCUCCUGAGAUUGGAAAUGGAAUUAUUGUUAAAUCUUCUGAACAAGUAGCAUGGUCAUUGCAGUACUACAGUGAAAUUGUUAGAACUUGUUUAAUAUCGUGUGGUCAUGAUCCGGAUAUAGUGCAAUUUCUAUGUGGAUUUUCGGAUUGUGGUGAAGCUCUCGUUAAAAGUGGAGUUGAUGGGAUAACUUUUAUUGGUUCUCCACAAGUAGGUAAACAAAUCAUGUCAUCAUCAUCUCCUACGUUAACACCCUGCACAUUGGAACUAGGAGGAAAAGAUUGUGCUAUCCUUCGCCAAGAUGUAAAUCUAAAGCAAAUAGUUCCGAUUUUAUUACGUGGAGUAUUUCAAAAUGCUGGACAAAAUUGCGUCGGACUUGAAAGAAUUCUUGUUCACGAAAGUAUUUAUGACGAAUUCGUGACAAUAGUUGAAAAAAGAAUUAAGGAACUUAGAGUGGGAUGUGCUUUGGAUGAUGAAGAAGGUGUUGAUGUUGGAGCAUUGACCACAAGCGAUCAGUUUGACCGGCUUUCCACCCUAAUAAAAUCUACAGUUUUACAGGGUGCAAAAUUACUUUAUGGGGGUCAUCCGUACAUUCAUCCCCUUUAUCCAACCGCUCACUAUUACAUGCCCACACUUCUCAUCGACGUAACUCCCGAAAUGCCAAUAUCUCAAACUGAACAUUUUGCUCCAAUAAUGGUAGUAAUGAAAUUCCGAACAGACGAAGAAGCAAUUGAAAUUGCAAAUGCUAGUGGUUAUGGAUUAGGAAAUAGUGUGUUUACCAAAGAUCAACAAAGGGGCGAAUGGAUGGCAAGACGAUUAAGAUGUGGGAUGGUUAACAUAAAUGAUUUUGCAACUAGCUAUUUGUGUAAUUUACCAUUUGGUGGUGUCGGUAUAAGCGGAUUUGGAAG